UGCCACCUAUGAAAAGUAAAGCAACUUUUCUUAACCAUUCCUGAGUACUUUUUAUGUGUAUUUUUAGUGAUUGUCCUGCUGGAAGAAAACCAUCCUUUAAUGGAGUUUGGUGGAACAUUAGACACUUGAUUUGGCUAAUUCCAGUUCACAUUUUAGCUAUUUAAAACAGACCAACCUAUCCUGAGUGACUCGUGUCUGUGUACUCUUCAGAGAUCUUCAGAAAAUCGGAAGGGACUGUCCUAGCUUCAAGAGGAAGCAGGUUCCACCACUAUGGUGCCCAGACAGAGAAGUGUUUUAACUGUGAUGGGUCGGAGAUGCUCUCCCGUAGGGGUCUCAACACUUUAUAUACCCUUAAAAACUAUUAUGGUCAGUCCUUGCAGCCAUAGCUCUGACUUUUAUAUGAGUGGUUGCAUUUUUCAAAGCCUGUCCCUCAGCCUUUCCCCAAAACCGAGAUGGGGUGUAUGAACUGUAAUUGUUUUAAUUACUCAUUGUAGCUUUAAAUGGUCAACUUUUUUUCCCCAGACAGUUAUUACUAUGGUAGUUAUUGCUCAACACUGAACCUCCCAACACCUUUACCUCAAGAUCAAAACCUUCCAGGAAAUAUUGUGACCUCACUUCAUGUGUUGUGGAUUCAAUGCCCCUGCUCAUGCAGAUUCUGCUGCAAAACAGUGCUUGCGCAGACCGAUGUCACAUCACUUCUCUUAAUGACUGAAGUUACUGCUGUCUGCCGGUUACUACUGCGCUCUGCUACUGCUCCCGUUGCACACUAACUACUGUUGAAUAAAAUGUGCUUCAUGCCUCACCUUGUCUUCCCUCAAUCGUCUCUAUUUCACUCUCUUCGCUCAGUGUCUUUGAAGUCGUGGUACGUGAAUGUUUCAGGCCUUCUUGAAACAGGAAGCAUGUCAGAGUAAGAGGUGAACAUAAAAACCCCUGUCACAUCUCUCCACACGUACUGCAGAGCACUUCGUUCCACCUACAGAACCUCCACCUACGGGCCCUGGCUCCUUUCCCCGUUGGAACAUCUCAGAGAACAUGGUGUCGCCACAGGUUUCUAACUCACUCGCACACACAUCGCACUGGUGGUUCACAUGGGUGUUCUAGGAGCCCUGUGACGCCGCCCCACUGGAAUCUUUCGACCCCUGAGGCUCUCUGGUGUGUACGUCCUACGGUGUUAUUCUUCAGCACUGACAACAACUCGGCCCCCUGGCUCCAGAGGACUGCCCAUCACCAGGGUCCUUAAUGGGCAAUAAUCCCAAAGAGUGACCUGGUGACCCUUUCUCAAUAGCUCCACGUCACCAUGGGCAGUGGGAUCAGUAAAGCACGUCGGGGAUCCAGCAGUCAUGCCGCCUUGCUGGGCCAGGAACAGCCCGCUGGGUCAGGCACAAUGGAGAGCAACAGGUAUGUGGUAGUAGCCUUGUACAACUACCCUAACGGACAUCCGGCACACAGCAGCAUCCAUGUGGGCGAGAGACUCACAGUGCUUUCAGACGAGGGGGAAUGGUGGAAAGUAAGGUCCUCUGCUACAGGCAAUGAGAGUUACAUCCCUAGCAACUAUACAACCAGAGUGUACAACAGGUGGCAGUAUGAGGUUCUCAGCAGGGAGAAGGCUGAGGAGCUGUUGUUGCUGCCCCACAAUCAGGCUGGCUCUUUUCUGGUCCGGGAAAGUCAGACCCGCCCUGGUGCCCACUCCCUGUCAAUACGUAAGAGAAGUGACCAGGAACGUAGCUCAAUCAAACACUACCGGAUCCAUCAACUGGAAAACGGUUGGCUAUACAUCUCCGCUGGCCUCACCUUCCCUGACCUCACAGCCCUGGUAGACCACUAUUCAGACCACUCUGAUGGACUGUGCUGUAUGCUGGGGGAACCCUGCUUCAUUCAGGGAUCCAACAAUGUACCUGUGGUAACAGGCCCACCACCCACUGCUGUCAGGAAAGCCAGCCUCAACUGGAAAGACGUAGACAGUAGCAUGCUGUUCUGCAAGGAAAAGGGAAAGGACAAUGAAGAGUCACUAGUUAGUGAGGGUCUGAGAGAGGCCAUCAGUUCAUACCUCUUCAUGACAGAAGACUGCAAAUACCAGAAUUGGAACAGCUGAGACUAGCACUGGCCUCCAAGACACAAACAAUGACAUAAACAGCUUCCAGAGUGACUAAAACAGAGAGCACACAGGAGCAAUAAGCUCCACUAAUGGUGGCUGACGGAACCUGAAGACCCUUGGGUGGACAUUAAUCUAAUGAAUUAUUAACAUUGAAGGAACUUUGUAGAAGGAACUGGAAAUCACAACACAACCACUUCAGACAACCAUUCUCAUCAAAGGCAGUAGUUUUAAAGUGUACACAUUGCCAAGCAGCUAAGGCCCUUUGCUUGGAUUCAUGACCAGAAGAUGACCCUGGAGGAAUACUAAAAUGGACUUUACAGAAAUAAAGGGGAAUUUCUAACUACUGGGUCAGAAAAAAGAUCUAAUGGUGUUUCCUUCUCAGUAUUCUUGAGAUCAUGCACUGAAGCUGAUUAAGCUGCGCCACAAAACAGCUUUCCUGAAGUUGAUAUCACCAAAUGAUUGUCACUGUCAAAUUGUGUGCAUGAUCUUGUCUGCUUAGACUGGCUUAGGUAGGUCUGAAGCGACACAUUAUGUUGACAUGAUGAAUAUUGAACCCUUUUUAAGUAUUUUUUUAGAAGGGUUUCUUUUUUACAAUGAUAAAUUCAGUCAUACCCAUGAUUACAAUUAACCACAGUUAAUUACAAUGUUCAUAAAAAGGAAAAAGGAGUUUGAUAGUUAGGUACAGUAUAUUAAUGUGAUAAUCACCUUUAUAUAUGUCCUGUAGCCUCAGGAAAGAUAAUUUGUGUUUUUUCUGAACUGUAAGAAUUGUUUGCCUGUUAGUUGUGUGGGUUUCCUGUCCUGAACGUCAACACCUUUUUAACUGCAUUCACCAACCAUCUGCAGUCUGACUUUACUGAAGAUGGUCAAGGUGCAGGUUCUGACACAAAUAGAGAUUGUGAGAGGAACACCAAAAGGCUGUGUUUAAAACACAUGAAACAUGUCAAAUAUGAUAUAACACUUUGAAAAGUUCUUAUGUGAUUUCAUAACCUGAAGCAAUAGACUGUACACUGUAAAUUAUAUGCUCAGUAUCAAGCAUUUUGAUCAAUACAAAUGUUGGAAAAGUAA